ACGACGCCCGGGCCCCGCCCCUCGCACGGCCCCGCCCCCGCCCGCCAAAGUCUGCGCGCGAAUUCCGUGGCGCGAAUUGAGGACUGCAGUCGAGCGCCGAGCGGUUCUGGGUGUGACGCGCAGGACAGUGGCGCGCGGGGCCGGCGCGAGGCAGGAACAGCUGGCUGGAGAAGAGAAGGAGGAGGGAGCAUUCUGAUCCAUCAUGCAGCGGAGUAUCAUGUCAUUUUUCUACCCCAAGAAGGAGGGCAAAGCGAAAAAGCCAGAGAAGGAGACCUCCAACAGCAUCAGAGAGACAGAGCCACCCCCAAAGGUGGCACUGAAGGAGCGGAAUGGAGAGGUGCCUGAAAGCGAUUCUCCAGUGAAGAGGCCAGGGCGGAAGGUGGCCCGGGUCCUGGGCAGUGAAGGGGAGGAGGAGGACGAAGCCCUCACGCCAUCCAAAGGCCAGAAACCUGCCCCAGGCUCUCCACAAGUCUCCCCUCCCAGCCCUGUCACAUAUCCCGAGAGCAGCCCUUCCCUCUCCAGUACCUCUCCUGUGGACAUCUCAGCAGGGAUCCCAAAGCGGCGCACUGCUCGGAAGCAGCUUCCUAAGCGGACAAUACAGGAUGUCCUGGAAGAGCAGAGCAAGGAUGAGGACAGAGAGGCCAAGAAGAAGAAGGAAGAAGAAGCAGAGACCCCACCAGAAAGUCUGUCAGAGUCUGAAGUGACCCAAGAGAAGGAGGCAGAAGGGGAGGACCAACCUGUGACAUCCCCUGAGCACCGAGAGACCUCCCCAGAGCCCCCGGUGGAUAGCACGUUGGAGCCUGCGGUGUCUGGGAAGCAGGAGGCUCAGAACGAGGACUUGGCUAAGCCGCCCACCAGAGCCCCCAAGACGGUCAGCAGCUUCUUUGCCCCGCGGAAACCGGCAACCAAGAAAGAAGGGAAAGAAGAGGACCCUGGCACUCCAAGGCAGGAGGAGACCAAGGGACCCCUGGACCCUCCCAGCUACAAUCCUGCCAAGAACAACUACCAUCCCAUUGAUGAUGCAUGCUGGAAGCCAGGCCAGAAGGUCCCUUACCUGGCUGUGGCCCGGACAUUUGAGAAGAUUGAGGAAGUUUCUGCUCGGCUCCGGAUGGUGGAGACGCUGAGCAACUUGCUGCGCUCUGUGGUGGCCCUGUCACCUCCGGACCUCCUUCCUAUCCUCUACCUCAGCCUCAACCGUCUUGGGCCACCCCAGCAGGGUCUGGAACUUGGUGUCGGUGAUGGUGUUCUCCUCAAGGCGGUGGCCCAGGCCACAGGGCGGCAGCUGGACUCUGUUAAGGCAGAGGCAGCUGAGAAGGGUGACGUGGGGCUGGUGGCCGAAAACAGCCGCAGUACCCAGAGGCUCAUGCUGCCCCCACCUGCUCUCACCGCUGCCGGGGUCUUCGCCAAGUUCCGAGACAUUGCCCGGCUUGCUGGCAGUGCCUCCACAGCCAAGAAGAUAGAUGUCAUCAAAGGCCUCUUCGUCGCCUGCCGCCACUCAGAAGCCCGAUUCAUUGCCAGGGCCCUGAGUGGACGGCUGCGCCUCGGGCUGGCAGAGCAGUCGGUGCUGGCCGCCCUCGCCCAGGCCGUGAGCCUCACGCCCCCAGGCCAAGAAUUCCCCCCGGCCGUUGUGGAUGCUGGGAAGGGCCGGACAGCAGAAGCCCGAAAGACGUGGCUGGAGGAGCAAGGCAUGAUCCUGAAGCAGACGUUCUGCGAGGUGCCCGACCUGGACCGGAUCAUCCCUGUACUGCUGGAGCAUGGCCUGGAGCACCUCCCUGAGCACUGCAGGUUGAGCCCAGGGGUUCCACUGAAACCAAUGCUGGCGCACCCCACCCGGGGUGUCAGCGAGGUCCUAAAACGUUUUGAAGAGGCAGCUUUCACCUGCGAGUACAAAUACGAUGGGCAGAGGGCACAGAUCCACGUUCUGGAAGGUGGGGAGGUGAAGAUCUUCAGCAGGAAUCAGGAAGACAAUACCGGAAAGUACCCAGACAUCAUCAGCCGCAUUCCCAAGAUUAAACUCCCGUCAGUCACGUCUUUCAUUCUGGACACAGAAGCUGUGGCAUGGGACCGAGAAAAGAAGCAGAUCCAGCCAUUCCAAGUGCUCACCACCCGCAAACGCAAGGAGGUGGAUGCAGCAGAGAUCCAGGUGCAGGUGUGUCUAUAUGCCUUCGACCUCAUUUAUCUCAAUGGAGAGUCCCUGGUACGUGAGCCUCUUUCCCGACGCCGGCAGCUGCUCCGGGAGAACUUUGUGGAGACGGAGGGCGAGUUUGUGUUCGCCACCUCCCUGGACACCAAGGACACGGACCAAAUUGCCGAGUUCUUAGAGCAGUCUGUGAAAGACUCCUGUGAGGGGCUGAUGGUGAAAACUCUGGACGUUGAUGCCACCUAUGAGAUCGCCAAGAGAUCCCACAACUGGCUCAAGCUGAAGAAGGACUACCUCGAUGGUGUGGGCGACACCCUGGACCUCGUGGUGAUUGGCGCCUACCUGGGCCGUGGCAAACGGGCUGGCCGCUAUGGGGGCUUCCUACUGGCUGCCUACGACGAGGAGAGUGAGGAGCUCCAGGCCAUAUGCAAGCUCGGAACUGGCUUCAGUGAUGAGGAACUGGAGGAGCACUACCAGAGGCUCCAGGCCCUGGUGCUGCCCACCCCACGCUCCUAUGUCCGGGUCGACGGUGCCGUGGCCCCCGAUCACUGGCUGGACCCCAGUGCCGUGUGGGAGGUGAAGUGUGCGGAUCUGUCCUUGUCGCCCAUCUACCCUGCUGCCCGGGGCCUGGUGGAUGGUGAGAAGGGGAUCUCCCUUCGCUUUCCUCGGUUUAUCCGGGUCCGUGAAGACAAGAAGCCAGAGGAGGCCACCACCAGUGGCCAGGUGGCCUGCCUGUACAUGAAGCAGAGUCAGAUUCAGAACCAGCAGGGCGCGGACUUAGACUCUGACUCAGAUUUCUACUAGGCUCCUACCCUCCCAGGGGCUGGGUGGUACAGGGUGGGUGUCCUGUUGGUCAGCAGAUCCGGUGUUGCGGUCGUGUGGGUUUUGAGUGUCAGGUGUGUGUGUGCAUGUGUGAGGGAAUGGUUUAAGCUGGGGGUAGGGGGUUUUUGGAUCAUUUUUUUCAAUAAAUAAAUAAUUAUUGAACACCCA